GUUUCUGCCCUAGGUGGCUGAAGAACUGCUGCUGAUUUCACAAGUAGAUUUUUAUGAUAAUGAUCUGACCUAGAAACCACUAGGUGUGGUAGGAGCACUGCUGAAACAUUUUGUCUUGUUCAAAAUGAAUCAAAGUUUGGAAAAAGAAUUUGGGGCAAAAGGAUGGGGGAGAAGUUGAAGAAAUUAAAGGCCCUUCUCAGCACCUCCUCACCCUCCAUAUCCACCAGCUUUAUCAGUAUCUAGUCAGGUUUGGUUGUAAGCCCAGAAGAAAACCCAUCUCCAUUACCAUCUCUUUGUUCAGCUUUUUGUUGGUCAACUGGUGCACCCAGUGGAAGGGUACAAGAACAGUUAAUGAGUUAAAAUUUCAGUCAUGGAUGAUAGUCAACUGGAGUUGUGCUGCUAUCAAAGCUGUCCCAAGGCAAUCAAGCAGCACCUUACCUGCCAAAUGUCAAGUAGGAGUGAAGGCCAGAGGGAGUACUGGACAUAGAUGUCCUGGUUCACUGGUCUGUAAGCACAGGUUUGGUUUCCUAUUUGAAAAAUGUUGUGGUCAUCAAGUCCUGGGGACCUGAGGUGUGGUCACUAGAGUUGGGUCUGAACGCCUGAGAAGACCUGGAACCACCCUUAAUAUUGAGCUUUAUACAUGCAGGGCUUUGAAAGGAGCUUUAUUCCAGGCCCUAGUCAGGUCCUGUGGCUGUGCCCCUAUCACCUCCACCCACUCUUGCCUCCCACAGACUGGCUAGGAUCGCCCACUAGUAUGAAUCAGCUUGGUGAAUUACCACAGGCCUUGCAAAGGGAGUGGCCAUUGUAGCCACUGUCUUUGGGGUGGAGGCUGGGAAAUGAGCCAAAUGCAUUCCAGUGUGGGCAUGAUUGUCCAGCUAGAAAUUCAGGGCCAAGCUAUGAUUCCAGUUUUGUCACUUCAGUUGAGCCAGGAAUUGACAUUCAGUAAGACAUGGUAUUAGCUACACCAGCAUUUCGCAAAGAACUGUGGAAUCCUGAAAGUUAAUGAGGUAACCCUUAAAUGAUCCUGUACUCAUGUUCAGGAAAGCAAUGCAAACUAUUUUAGGUAAUUGGACUCUUCAGCUAUAACCCUCCUCCCAUUCCCUACUCAUAAUGUCUGGUGGUGGAGGAACCAAAGGAUCCUUUGUGGGGUUUCUCACCCCUGGCUACUACAAAUGCAGUCUUAAAGUUAGUCAGGAUUUGCUAUGAAAACUAGGGAGGGAGAACACUGCCCCUGUGAUGCCCUGCUGGGCAGAGGCAUUCUUAGCACUCUGCUUAGACAGAGGGAAAGUGACCUUGUCCUUUAAGGUAGGGCUAAGGGUGAAGGAUUUCUUCUGACUCCCCAGGAACUCCUACAACUGCUGUGUCUCCUUGUUACACCAGGAGAGUCCUGGGAAAGCCCUGAGGCUUAUCUUGGUUGGAUACUUAGCAUCUCAGAGCUCUUCAUCUUUAUUCUGGGUAAUCAAUCAAUCUUCAAUAUUUAUCAAAGGUCUUUUUUCUCUAAUGUCUUUCCCCCUACAUACUCAAGUGCCCUCUGGUAACUACCACAUAACUUAGUUAUAUGAUGUUUGUAAGAGUUUUAUUAGGGUAAAUCCUUUCUAGAGAGAAUCCUGAGUAGCUUCUUAACACAGACCAACUUGCCUAGGUUUGGGUUCUAGGAACUCGCACCAUUGAUUUGUUGGGUGUCCUUAGAGUUCUGGCUGAUCCUCUGGGCUUGUGGCUCCUCCUUUGUACUCCAGGCAGGCCAAGGACAUGUGGCCCUGCCCCGCCCUUACUGGCGCCUGUGGCUGAGUUGGAGUUGCAGUAACCUGCUUUCCCCACCCUGGAUUCCUAUUAGUCUGGAAGCCUGGAUUGUGGACUGGAGUGAGCCACAGCCUCUCUCACCUGGCAUCACUGCCCCCAGCAUCUAGGCACCUGCCUCAGGCCCUCAGGCCCCGUAAAGCUGCCAGCAAAGUUCUAGAAGUCCUCAUCCUGGUUCGUUAACAGAGGUGAUACCAAGAGGAGGAAAAUGCCAAGAUCGACAGAAAGAUUGUAACGAAGAGGGAGGCCGGGAGGCCUUGGGGAUCAGGAGCCAGAUUUCACACUGAGCAGCUGCAGACAGAAAAAUCAGAGAAAGCACAACCCAGCUCCAGAUUCCGAGGGGCCUGCCGGGGACUCUCCUCCUGCUUGGGAAGGAAGACCGCCAGGCGGCUAUUUCCAGCCAGGUCCUGGCUGCCAUGGGACUCGCAGCCACCACCCCCCAGCUGCCCUCCUCGCCAGGCAGAUAAGGGUGGGUGCUGCCUGGGAGCACCUGCUGCUCCUGCCAGGCCGCUCCCUCGGUGACAGCCCUUCUGACUCUGGGCCACCUUGGCUGAUCCGAGGCCAUGUAGGCCCCACCUGGGCCUCUGUGGACAGAAGGAUAGACACGCUGCCAGGAACAUUGCCUCUGCUCUCUGGGGACCCAGUGCACCACCAUGCCCCAGGGAUUCGCCUGGCUACACUAUCUCGGGCUCCUCCUGGGCAUGGCCUUGGGGCAUGAGGGCUUGGAGGCAUGGCCCUUGGCCCAGGGCCAGGAGUGCACGGUCACCGGCUUCCUGCGGGACAAGCUGCAGUACAAGAACCGUCUCCAGUACAUGAAACACUACUUCCCCAUCAACUACAGGGUCAGCGUGCCUUACGAGGUGGUGCUCAGAACCGCCAACAUCACCAGGCUGCAGAGGACCCAGGUGAGCCAGCAGGAGCUGCGGUAUCUGUGGGCCUUGGUGAGUUUCAGUGCUACUGAGUCGGUGCAGGAGGUGCUGCUGGAGGGCCACCCGUCUUGGAAGUACCUGGAGGAGGUACAGACGCUGCUGUUGCAUGUCAGACACCUCACGGCUGUGAACACCAGCCCCAGGGUGGAAGCAUUGCUGUCACUUCUGAGUACCCCAGGGCUGAGCCUGAAGCCGGUGCGGCCCAAAGCCCUGCUGGACAACUGCUUCCGAGUCAUGGACUUGCUCUACUGCUCUUGCUGUAAACAAAGCUCCAUCCAAAGUUGGCAGGACUGUGAGGUGCCAAGUCCUGAGCCCCACAGCCCAGACCCCUCCAUGCAGUGUGAAGCUGCCUGGCUGUACCCGCCGCACAAGGAGCCCCCCAACUCCCUGCCCCACUCCCCGGAAUUCAAGGCUGGACCCCAGUGAGCAUGUCGAGGGCUCAGGCCAAGGCCUCCCACACCGAGUGGGGCAACUCCUGCUGGGCGAGGGAGCCUGGGAAGGGCGCUUUUCCUUUGAGGGACUUUGUGCCUGAUGCGGUCGGCCUCCAGCGUAGGGCACCUCGCCCGGUCUCACCUGCCAGGCGGGGGCGGGGCCUGAACGCGGCUGAGGCGGAGCUGCAGGCCCCUCCUCCAGCGCAGGGGCUGCCUCCCAGGCGCAAGGUGGUGCUGACGGCUCCAGUGGCCUGAGGGUGGGAGAGCUGAGGACGGGCAGGUGGGCUUGCGGGGGACCCCACCAGGGGAUGCCGGAGAGGGCAGAACUACAUGCCACAUCUUGCCGCAGUGGAUGCUCUUCCAGUUCCCUUUUAUUUUUUCUAUUAAACA